AUGACCGCCCACACAAUGGUCCACGCGGGCCGUGACAGUCGCUACGAUGCCUUCGCAGCUGCGAAUUUAUCCUACCGACCUCAGCCAGGUUCGCCGACGUUGACGAAUCCAGACAUGAUUCUCCCAGACUACGACGAACCGGAGCAUCUCGACGACCGAUCCCACUCACCACUGGUGACGUGGAAUAAUGCGCAUCCCCCCCAUGACUUUCACGAUUUCUCGCAGGCUGGCUAUGUCUCUGGACCACUCCCCCCCACGACGCCCAUCAUAUACGGCAAUGGCACGAUGCUCUCGGAUAUUGGUGAGGUGACUGAAGUCGAAAGUACGGUUGGCCACCCGUCGAGUCGCAAUUCUUCCGGCUUGUCUGGUACCCCAUGCACCAGUAGCGGCACACCUCUACGCUCCUCCCCGACAAUGGGAAAGAGAACGCUCAAGAAGAAACACAAUAUUGCGAGGCGCGACCGCCGACUCUCAAUUGAAUCCACGAGCACCGUUCACACCAUCGACAGCCCAGAAGCUACCUUUGACGACAUUGAUGACUCGGUUAGUGUCGAUGAUAGCGAUUUCCAAGGAGAUGAUGAGGAGAGUUUGGCAAGCGAAUUCGUGGAUGAAACGUCCGUUCAACCCCCCAGUGCUGCGAUAAUGCCAUCUGGACACGGACCGAAUGAGCAUAGACUUUCUACCAACUCGAUCAGCAAACGAGCUGAACAGAUUCUUGCCAAUGCCAAGCAUCGCCUUCUGACUAUGGAAGGCAACCUUAAUAGGGCCAUGACGUUUAGUUAUUCAUCUAUGUCUGAAUGUUCUACCCCGCCUCCCGGUGCUCACCCGAAUGGCUCGAUUCACGACAGACCGCAGACCAUUACUCCAACACACUCGAGGAAUGUGAGCGAGAACAGCUUGCAGGGGGCUGCGCGCACGGCUACGCUCCCUCAACGAUCUGCCAGUGCCCUCGGUGCAGCUGGUGGCUAUCGCCAACACUUGACCUUGUCCAGGAGUGCCGACGGUUUAGGGUCCAAGCACAGUUCGAGUUCCCUCAAGUCUCCUCUCUCCUCUAUUGGCUCAGCUCUAGAGCCACUCGACGAAGAUGAAAGCCCACAAGACAAGGACAACUGUCGCUCUGGUAGCCGGGCUGUAGCUCUAGGCAGCCCAACCUAUGGAUCGCCUAUGGAAGCUAGUGUGACGACGCGGUCCGCCUCGGCCGCGCAAAUGCGAGACCUGCAGGAUCAAAUGCAAGGACUCAAAGGCAAGAUCUCCAGUUUGAAGCAGCAGGCACAGGCAGACAGCAUGAAAAGGCGUAGCUUGCAGAGUUUAAGGGCGCCAAGUCCGUUUACACAUGCUAGGUGGGACCAAGAUUAUACAAGUCCCAAACAAGCAGAUACGCCAGAGAUCGGAAAUGAUAGGAUUCCAGAAGAGAUAAAAAAGGAAGAAACGGAAGCACAGCUGACGGGCAGUGCGGAGGCCGCUUCUUCCCCGCAUGCAUCGCACAAGGAUGAGGAAACACAGAGCGUAGACCACCAUCAAGUGAUGAGGUCAGCAGACGCAGCUGCAUUGAAUGGCGAACCAAAUACCACUUGCCACAGUCACCACGAGCGGGAUGAGGCUCACCUUCCAAAUGAUGGCGUGCCCGAGAAGGACCAGGAAGACCAAGACCAAGACGAGUUCGCAGACUAUGCUAGCGAAAGCGGCGAAUCGCUCUAUCAUGAUACACAUCAGGAGCCUACUGAUAUCUCUCAUGAAGAUCGAGAAGACGCGUUUGAUUAUGAACAUUUCUUCCUACACUCUGCCAUGGGUACUCUUAGCCGGCAGCGGAUGGCUAGACGUGACAGCGUGAGUAGUGAGGGAUCUCAAGACUCUGUGGAAACCACACGCGGUCCGACAAUGACGCACGCACGACGACCCAGCAUUGAUACCCUGGCUUCCGUCGACUCUUUUGCAACUGCCAUGGAGGGCAGAGAGAGCCGCAGCUCCGUAAGCCGCUCGACGAGAACUGACGAUGGGUUUGUCACGCCUACGGCCAAUUACGAGGAUGAAGACAGCCCAUCGGCCACAACCACCGGGUCGACUUUUGGCGGGCUCAGCCAGGACAGUCCAAGUUGUAGCGGUAGCGGUAGCGGUAGCGGCAGUGAUUCUACCAGAUAUUACCGAAAGCACGCUCGCUACAACUCAGUCAUUCAUCGACCCGUUAGUGCGAACACGUCAUCCACCCUGCACCGUCCGUCCGUCUCAUCGUUUGAGUCCACAGGGACAAAUAGGAGCUUUCCCCUUGUCAACAAAGCCAGGCUGAGCCAGGGAGCCUUGACUCCGAGCGGAUCGCCGGACAGCCCGCUCAAGCAGGUCGCCGAGUCGCUCAUGAACGAGACAAGAAGCAUAUGUGACAAGGACAGCGCUGGAAGCGGACCGCAGUCUCCUGCGAUACAAACACUCUCACGAGAAGACCAAGUCUUGGUGGAACAAGUCGUGGCAAAUCUGGGACGAUGCGUUUUGGGUCUGAGUGAAGCUACGCGGCUUGGUACCGGAAACCAUGCUGAAUACAGAGAGAGAAUAGAAGCGGCUAGCAAGCUGCUCGAGAGCAUUGGCGACCGAGCACCAGUGUCUCCGUAA